UAGACUGUAAUGUAGGCUCCAUUGUGGCGUGCGAAGCCACUCCACACGCUUUCGUGCCGUAUUAAAAAUUAAUAAUGGACAUCCGGCGUUGCAUGGUGCCAGCUGCGCCCCAAAUAUAUUUUUUGGGGUGGUGUGCGGUGCGCGAGAAUUUUGGGAUUAUCAUUGUCUGUCAAAUCGAGUUUUAUCCUAUUCGCCCGGUAUUUUAGAGAUGGUAUUACAAUUUUAAACAAAUUAGAACAUUCUUGGCGAUGUGAGAUGCCUUGCUUGAGCGCAGCCAUCGGGUUUUGAGGGUCGUGUGUUCUCCCUCGCUCGGUCUCAUGCCAUGCGGGACCCUGCUGUCUGCCAUAGCACCCUCCUCUCUCUCUAGACGGUUCUUUAUCUUUGUUGUUGUGCAGUGAUCAUCCAGUGGUGCAGUCAGACCAGACCACUGUGAGACCAAGACGCUGCCCCAAGUUCACAUGUUGUGGGUUGUUAUGAUGGGGUUUAUCGUUAGGGUGAGGUGAUGAGGAAACUGAUUCGGAUGGGCACGCAAACAAGCGCGGAUGAGAACGAAAUAGACGAAUAGACGUCGGACCCAAUUUGGAAAAUUGGCUUUCCAGACAGUCUCACUGAUCGGGCUGGCCUCCGGUCUCCUCUCGUGGCAGUGCAGGCUACUCGGUGCACGCGAGUCGAUCGGUUCCACGCUGACAUCACGAGCUGUCUGGACUGCUCGUCUCUCUCUGUCCCGACAAGCAGCGGUCCCAACAGUAAGCAGCGAGCACCGCGUCAUGUGAUGUGUAGUGUGUCUGUCGACCCUAAAGCCUUGACCUCUCAUCCCUGACCCCGUGAGGUCACAGAUGGUCCAUAUCUGGCCCGACCCAGGAGACUUCCUCCAUCCUGAUCCUCAACAACAGUCAGUGAGCAGUGUGUUGUUGGUGUGUGUGUUGUGUUCUGGCUGAACACUCCAGCGGCACCCUGACCACCUCCUAACACCACCCACCUCCUUGGGCAUGCCUCAGCCGGGCAUGAAUGGGAUGGAGCCUGCGUUUGGCGAGGCAUAUGGGAGCCGUGGCUGUCUCCUCAGCCCCUACCCCCUGGCUGUCUCCCCUCUAGGGGGCAGGACCGAAUAUGACCAGAGCGUGCUCCUGAUGCUGGGCUCUCCAGCGACGCCCCGGAAACGGCCCUUCGAGUUGCUAAGCGACCUGGUGGACGACGGGGGCUUCGGCGAGGAGCUGCACGUGGAGCGCUGGGACGUGUCGGCGCUGGAUGACAUCACGCGGUACACCAAGCUGGGCCUCGGGGGGGAGCUGGCGAGCACAGAGGACGCCGUGCUGAUGGGCCGUUGGAGCGGGACCCGGGAGGAAGAGGAGGAGGAGGAGGAGAGGAGGAAGAGGAAGGCACAGGCCAUAGCUCAGCAGCAGACAUCACAUGUAACCACGAUGAUGGUAACACAUCUCCACGGAAACGGCAUCACGAUGACCCCCGACCCCUGUCUAGGCCACGCCCAGAGAGGCAGGGUGGUCAGAGAGGAGGUGGGACUUGAUGUUACCAUGGCGAUGGAAAGGGUGACAGAAAAAGGAGGACAGGAUGGGGGGAUGAGGGUUCCUACGGUGGAGGUGUACCAGGUGGCAGAGGAGGAGGAGGUUGCUGCAGCUGUGUUGGCAGCGGCUGAAGUCAUUGCCGCAGUGACGGAGACGUCUGGGAUUCUUCCGGGGGGGUCAGUGUUGGAACACAACUACUCUCUGACCCAGGGGGCUGAUAGACCCUCGCCCUCCAGCCCCAGCUCUGAGACAGAGACAGAAGAGGAGGUAGAGGGGCAGGAGGAGGGAGAGAGGGAGGAGGAGGAGGAGGAGGAGGAGGAGAGGGAAGAGCAAGAAGAGGUAUUGGUGGAGGAGGAAGAGGAGGAAGAGGAGGAGGAGGAGGAGGAGGAAGGGGAGGACGGAGCAGGGGAUGAGACUGCGGUGGAAGCAGAACUGUCCAGCUCAUCAGAAACAGAAUUUGAGGUGGAACCAGAGCGGGGGUGUGGUCCAGGGGAACGGCCCCAGAAGAGAAGGUGUUUCUGGGAGUACCGCCACGCUCACGCACGGGACUCUGGGAGACAGAAGAAGACUGGAGGGGAGGUCCGAUGGUCCCUCUCCUGGAGCUCUAGCACCCUACCUAGUACCCUAUACCGCAGAGAGGGAAAGAAGGGAAGGCGUAAAGCGAGGAAGACGGACGCCAGCGACCUGACCCCUAACCCUGUGAAGCUCACAAACAUCGGCGAACAGCUGCAGAAACUCAACGCCACCAUAGAUGGGAUGGGUCCUGUUAACGACCUGCCUGUUGUGGCCAGGGCACGCUCCCGCAAAGAGAAGAACAAACUAGCUUCCAGGGCCUGUCGGUUGAAGAAGAAAGCGCAGCACGAAGCCAACAAGAUCAAGCUGUGGGGACUCAACCAGGAGUACGAGAACCUUUUGGGGGCGUUGCUGAGGAUCAAGGAGGUGAUUGGUCAACGGGUGGAGCGCAGCGGAGAAGAGGUGGACAAAGAUGAACGAGGGAUGACCCAGAGACUGGAGGAUAUACUGAAAGAGUCCAGUGGUCCUCUAGUGGCUGGACGGACCAAAGAGUUUGUCCAGAGGAUCCUGGAGGUGAGUGGAGGGGGGCUGACCAAGGCUGGGGCCAAGGGCAAAGACACACAGACCCCCCCUGGACCGGGAAAGGAGACGGCUGCCUAAUGUACCCCCCAUCACCCCUGACCCCCCCUGGACCGGGAGAGGGGACAGCUGCCUAAUGUACCCCCUGGACCGGGAGAGGGGACAGCUGCCUAAUGUACCCCCCAUUACCCCUGACCCCCCCUGGACCGGGAAAGGAGACGGCUGCCUAAUGGACUGGCCAACACCACCAGCUCUCCUCCGACACCCCGCGGACACAGCCACCCACUCCUACCGUCCCCCACUACACUCUGUCACCUGGAGAAUAGGUGAAUGGAGAAAGGGAUGGAGAAAGAGAGAGAGAGGAGCAGAUGGAGGAGGUGGGGGUUAUAGGUCAACAGAGACUGAGGUUUGAGUUCAACCCUCCCCUCUGUUUCCUUCUGUCUCUUCAGUAGCGCUCUGUAACACACUCUUCUUACCUUCAGCUAAUCACCAACACAGGCUAGCUGCUGACGGUGUGUGUGUGUGUGUGUGUGUGUGUGUGUGUGUGUGUGUGUGUAGUAUGACUGUGUGUGGUUGGUUUAAUCUCUCCCUUCUUCAGUAAACUGUAUUGGUAUCCCAUUGUGCCUAUAUGAAUAGACAUUGCACUGUUUGUAGAUGAUAGAGAAGUUGGCAGGGUGUUGGCAUGAGAGUAGGGCAGGAAGAGAAGUGGGAGGGACGGGGGAGGGUCAUGUUCAUUAGGCCACAAUGUUCCUUGGAAGGUUCAGAAAGAAAUAGACUGUAUGGAACAGACGUGCAUCUCUGACAUUAGAGUAAGGAGUAAUGUCUUCUCUAUUCACAACAUUGCUAUCUGCAACAUUUAGCAGGCUUGGGUACACCCUCCUGGAAUAGACCCUGGUAGUAAAGAUCAGUGGGAUGAGCCUCUUUUGACCAGCGAGCGACGUAAUUGGUGCUUACCACAGAGGGCAUAAAUGAGCACUUUGAUUCGUAGCUGUAUCCUGUCUAUUCCCCUUUGAGAAACACCUGGGUCCAGUUCGUCAGGCACCAAACGUAACAAAAAUGACUGAAACAGGGAAGAUUACCUGAACUUCUCCAAUAAGAAAUGCAAAUGUUUGUUUUUUCCAUUGCAAAACUUCUUAAAACGUUUUGUUAGGUGCCCUAAUGAACAUGACCCUGAAAAUGCAAGUUCCUUCUCUCAGAACGACCAGAGAACAGAGGAUGAACUGUGAUAACACCAAACAUCAAAGCAUCUGUAGCAGCUACGACUUGCGGAGCUUUCAUCACAGAGUUAGAAGGAAGAACAAUUCACUUUCAAAAAAGUAGCUAUUAAAUCCAACCGACCAAAGAUGACAGGAACAGCUGACAUUUCAGAGAACUGAAAUGAAAGCUGAAGUGAUCAGCUCUUACCCAACCCUCUCACUCCAACUACUACUGCCAUUAUCCAAUCAUUCAAUCAUCAAUCUGAAGAUGAAGUUGAAUUGAUUAACAACAACAAAAACGUUGAUCGUUUUAAUGUUUACCCUCACACAUCCUUUAUGAAAAGGAUGCCUUUUGCUACCUGUAUUAUUGCCUGAAAGGUCGAUUUGAUACAUCAAUCAGACAUCCAUUAAAUAACUGUUAACAUUUAAAUCUGAGAGGAUUGUUGGGUAAGGCUAGCAUAUACAGGACAUGCCCAUAGAGAUUAAUAGAGGGCGCACUUCCCAUAAAGUUAGGUGUUCUCUCUUUCCCAUCUCUAUGGAAGUGACUGAAAGCUCCUAUCGGUCUGCCUUUAGCGCUACAGCAUAACGCUGUCUGGGUGUUUGUGUUCAAUAUAAACCGAAAACAAAAAGGGAUGCGUCUGUCCUCGACGCCUUCUCCACGCCUUCUGCUUCGUCUGACUCCUAAUGUGAACCUGUAGUGCACCUUCCUUUCUUAAAGGCAACAAGAGUCAACAGCUAUUGUGGUGGAGCAUUUUUGUUACAUUUGUCGUUAAAGUUGUUUGUGUUUUGUUGUUUGGUUUUACUCACAAAGCCAUGCUCCCACAAAGUGGGGAUGGUCUUUUAGCGACUAGAGAGUGUCUGAGUUCUGUUCUGCCCAUAGAGUUAGAAAGAGGGCCUAUCUUUUUUUUCUACCGCCCUCUUUCUAACUCUAUGGUGCUGCCUUUGUUGGCCAAGCCAAAGGUGGUCUUGUAGCAGAAGUCCGACGUGAUGCAGACCAGAGUACAUUGUGUUUUAAAGGCCAGUGAGUUUCGUUGGUCACGCCAGUCACAAAACCUAUUUGCACUGCGGUGGGUACAACCAAACACCUUCUAAAGAGUAACGUAUCUGCACCUUUUUUUAAAACAUGAUUAUUGAUUGACAGCCUAUUUGUUGUAUUUGGUCUUGGUUUUCAGCAACAGAAACUGUUGUUGUCUGGGUCUGUAAAUGGUGAAUAUGGUUUCUGGUUCAGUAUACUAUAGCAUACAGUGCUUGGUGAAACGCAACUUCUCACCUGAGCAACAACAUGGCAGAAUCUUCUGCCAACGUUAAAAGGGCAAUGUUGUGUUAACCUUGAAAGAGCAAUGUUGUGCUGAAGUUGAAACAUUGUGUUAAAGGUCCAAUGCAGCCAUUUUAUCUUAAUAUCAAAUCAUUUCUGGGUGAAAAUGAAGUACCCGACUGUGAUUGUUUCCAGUUAAAAUGGUCAAAAAGAAACAAAACAGAAAUAGCUUCUUAGCAAAGAGCAAUUUCUCAAGCAAGAAUUUUGACAGACUGUUUGGGAGUGGUCUGAGUGGGGAAGGGAAAACUGAAAACUAGCUGUUAUUGGCAGAGAGGUUUGGAACUCUCUUUCUUAUUGGUCUAUUAAGUAAUUUGUGAUGUCACCAGGCAGGCCAAAACUCCAUCCCACCAAAACAGGCUGAAAUUUCAGGCGGUCUUUUCAAACAGCACUUACAAUAAAAGUGCAUUAUCAUAUUUUUCAUAAUUUUGACAUAUUAACCAAAUCAAAUGUUAUUUGUCACGUGUGCCGAAUACAACAGGUGUAGACCUUACUGUGAAAUACUUUGCUCAGCAGUCUUAUGGCUUGGGGAAGAAGCUGUUAAGGAGCCUUUUGGACCUAGACUUGGCGCUCCGGUACCGCUUGCCGUGCCAUUCAGUGGAAAUAUACAUAAAACACAGGAAAUCAAAUUUUUGUCUGCACUGGGCCUUUAACGUUGAAAGGGAAACGUUGUGUUAACAUAGAAAGUGGAAUGUUGUGUUCAAGUUGAAAGGCAAAUGUUGUGUUUGAAGUGCCUACUAGAGCUAUGAGCCACAUAACCUACAGUACAGUAUGCCUGAACAAAACAACCUAGCAAUGAGCAUACCUACCUGGCACAGACUGGUUGAAUCAACGUUGUUUCCACUUCAUUUCAAUGAAUUUAUGUUGACCCAACGUGGAAUAAACGUUGAAUUGACAUCUGUGCCCAGUGGGUAUUUACCUAACGAUGUACACAGUCAAAGCAACCAAACAAGAGAAGAAAUAAAUACAUUCACGGAGGGACAAUUUCAGAGGUGGGAGUGACGGAUAGAUCACCAUGGCGAUGUUAAGCAAUACUGUUCUGUUUUGUUUUUUUUUCAAAGAGAACCAACCUUGAGAAACCCGGGCUGCGUUCCAGAGCCAAUGUUCCAUAAAAACAUUCCAUUCUCACCUAUGGAAACUCCAUCCUUUAGAACGCCCCACCAGCGGGCUAAAGGGUAAUUUACCUUCAACUAUUUGGCGCUCAGGUGCACUGGCUGCUGCUGCAGUGAUGGUCCUCAAAACUGAGGUGCGAAGAUACUUAGAAACACCAAUGUCCUGUUUCAAUACUUUUAAAAGACAUCCUUCUCUUCCUUGACAUUAUCACUACUAUGAUUUUCAAGCAGUAGAAGGAAUGAAGCAUUUUUUAAAGUUUAAAACAGAGCAAGAGGAGAAAAAGGUGGUUAUUACACAGUACAAAAACGAAAAACUCAUAUCAGGCUUCAAUCUGGAACGUUUUUGUGUAACUUUGGUAGUCCUGAAUGCAGCCCGGAGCACUGUAAGGGAACAUGAUGCCAAAGACAGAUGGUGGCUGGAUUAAAAGAAGAUACACUGGAGAGGACGACCAAAUGGACAGUCAGAUCUGACAUUACAUUGAGGCACCUUUUACUAGGGGACAGACCUCUUCCAAAUCGGCCAAAACAACACAAUGCUCUCUGAAUGUUUUUUUACAUUACUCAUAAUGUGUAUCAUGAUGAACUCACAAACACACGUUGUGAUUUGAGCUCAGAGUGGUUAGUACGAUAAUCAUCAUCUCUUUUAGGGGUGAACAGGAACUUCCACGUAACUUACAUUUUCCCAUUGAUUUCAAUACAUGACUAAGUGAAAAUUCGACUCAAAGUAAAGUUUGGACUUUCUGUGUUCCAAAUGUCCAUACUAGCAUACCACUGUACCAUGUAUUAUGGAGCAAUGUAGUGGGCAGACAGUGUUGUGUACCCAGUGGGCAAAAGCUGGUUGAAAUAAUAAUUACAACUAGUUUAUUACCAGAACUGGUUGUAAUCUGGUCCUGAUAAAGUCAUUUCUAUCAUGUCUUUCGAGCUGGGUAGUAUUGACAUUAGAAUGCAAGCCUUGGUUGAUUGCCUCUCUCUGUGUUGGUAAAAUGGUGGAGAGUGAGUGUUACUGUACUGUGGUUAUAUAUUUCUCUCUCUCGGAGGCUUCUCUUCUCCACACACACACACACACACACACACACACACACACACACACACCGUGCCAGAACAGUCACACAAUCUCUUCUCCGGCAGGAGCACUAGCACUGCCCUCCUGCUGCUUUCUGCAACAACAACUGUAGAAAUAACUGUAACAAACUCACAAACUGUCGUUUUUUUCCUCCCACUUAGGCCUACACUAACUGGAUUCGUUUUUUUUCUUCCUGUUCAUGUACCGUUUCAUGGGUUGUGUUUUGGGUUAACUUUGAUGGAACGGGAGUGGCGGCGAGGUCUUGGCAAGGACACUCUCUCUCUCUACGCUCAGCUAGCAUUCCUCCCACUCACUCUGCUUCUCAGAACACGGUUUAUUUUUUACCUUGAAUAGAGGGGGGUGCCAGGGGAAAGUAGUCGAGUCAGAUCUCCACCUUCAGCCCGAUUUGCCACCUGGCAUAUGGGGGGGGACAAGAAGCCAGCCAUCUGGCCGAUCACAGAUUGGGUGCAUCCGAACUGACUCCCUGUUCAAGAUAUAGUGCACUACUUUUCACCAGGGCGCUGGUCAAAAGUAGUCCCCUAUAGGGAAUAGUGUGCCAUUUCAGACCAGCCAUUUACCCAGCUCCCUGGUCUAACACAGCCUCACACUAAAGGGAAACUAAACGAGUCGGCCCUGACAUACCGAAAGGGAGAGCUAGCCGAUCCCAGAGACAGAUCCUUCCCGAUAAUACUGCCUUUAGAAACCCAGUUCUAGAAUGCCUUUGAGCAAUCGACAACAAGGGCUGAAUCCAGUUUGAACUGACAAACAAACGGUUCAACAACAAGUUUGAGCACUGUAUUACUUAUUACACAUUUGUAGGAUGCAUUUUUCUGCCAAAUGUCUAGGCCUAUACUGUAGUAUGUUAUAACGAGGUUGACAACAAUACAAAGUAUUCUUGCUACUUUUUCCAUGUUCAUACCAGGAAGAAUGGAGCAUUGCCUCGUGUUCUAAUCUAGUUGGUGUUCUGUAGGUGGAGAACACUAUUCUCUCCAUUCACUGUCUGAAAUGGAUGAAACUAAGGAAGGAGGUGAAUUCCCCCUCCGCUCAAUCAGUGUGUGUGUGUGUGUGUGUGUGUGUGAGAGAGCUGAAGAAGGCUUGUGUGUGCUUUGUUUAAAGCCUGAAUGGCCUUGGAUGUAAGAUGACCCUGGUGGGACUACAGUGACCCCUCAGUGACUGGUCCUGAACUGAAGACUCUCACACACACACACACACACACACACACACACACACACACUACAGACUCACACAUUGUCCUCCCAGAGACUGGAGGCCCUCUCCUGUUUCAAAGAUGACGUGACGCCCCGAGACAGGAGAGACGGAGACUCUGGGUUUGUUACCCUAAACCCCAUCAGGACUGUCAGACACACAGACAGACAGAGGAAGACAAACGAUACCCAAACCAAUGAUUUUCUAACAGAGCAAAGUAAGAAGAGGAAUGGACAUUCUAGAACACAGAUUCUAGAACACGAAGAGCUCUUUUGGAACUGCAAAGUCUCUUCUGGACUACAAACAGGACACAUUCCAGAACACCAUGUCAUGUACAGCACCCCCAUACCCCUUCAGAACUCCUCUACCCCCCCCCUCUGUUUUCAAUAACCUACAAUAAUCACAAUAGUACAAUAAACGCUUUGGAUGGGCAAAAUACAGAAUGAAAUAAAAAAAUAAUAAAACCUAAAAGCAGCAAGAAAAAAAAGUACAAAGUGCCGUACAAAUAGAAGCCUAAUAUUUUUGUUUUGUGUUUGUGUGAGUGUACUGUACACCAUUAUCAUGUAUAUUUUAAUAUUUAUAUGCAGCUGUUGUAUUAAAGUAUAUUUUUAAGAAAA